GGCUGCGGGCAGGCCCGUCCCGAUCCCCGCCUCAGCCGGCGCCCUACUGUGCUUCGUUGGGGCGGGGGACGGGAGCUCAGGCACGCGGUACUGACCAGUGGCAGUGCCGCGGGCUGCCGGGCGGGUCUGGCCACAGCUUCCCAUCAGCACCGCUCCAGCUCCCAGCACCUUUUCCACAGCGAAGUGUCCAGCCCAGACGCCUGGAGAGUCCUCCGGUUCACCUCUGCAAAGCCAGUUUGCUCGCCUUGUGGAUUACUUGGUUUACAAGACGCUGCCAGUGAGACUCUGAGUUUACACGGCUGGAACCCGAGCCGCCUCGAUUCUGUACUUGUAUGUGCUGGUGGAAGUUUGGAGCUCCUUGGAGCUACUGUUUACGUGGACAUUUUGAGCCAUUUUGAACUUACUACAAGCACUGACGCUGCUAGCAAUGAGCUCCCAAAGCCAUCCAGAUGGACUUUCUGGCCGAGACCAGCCAGUAGAGCUGCUGAAUCCUGCCCGUGUGAACCACAUGUCCAGUGCAGUGGACGUGGCCACAGCACUGCCUCUGCAAGUGGCCCCCACAACAGUGCCCAUGGACCUACGCCUAGACCACCAGUUCUCCCUGCCCUUGGCAGAACCAGCGCUGCGGGAGCAGCAACUGCAGCAGGAGCUGCUGGCGCUGAAGCAGAAGCAGCAGAUCCAGCGGCAGAUCCUCAUCGCGGAGUUCCAGCGGCAGCACGAGCAGCUGUCUCGGCAGCAUGAGGCCCAGCUGCACGAGCACAUCAAGCAGCAGCAGGAGAUGCUGGCCAUGAAGCACCAGCAGGAGCUGCUGGAGCACCAGCGCAAGCUAGAGCGGCACCGCCAGGAGCAGGAGCUGGAGAAGCAACACCGCGAGCAGAAGCUGCAGCAGCUCAAGAACAAGGAGAAGGGCAAAGAGAGUGCUGUGGCCAGCACUGAGGUGAAGAUGAGACUGCAGGAGUUUGUUCUCAACAAGAAGAAGGCACUGGCCCACCGGAGCCUGAGCCACUGCCUGCCCAGUGACCCCCGCUACUGGCACGGGAAGACACAGCACAGCUCCCUGGACCAGAGCUCUCCACCCCAGAGUGGGGUGUCAGCCUCCUACAACCACCCAGUCCUGGGAAUGUACGACGCCAAAGAUGACUUUCCACUUAGGAAAACAGCUUCUGAACCCAACCUGAAAUUACGGUCCCGGCUUAAGCAAAAAGUUGCUGAGAGGCGAAGCAGCCCCCUGUUGCGUAGGAAAGAUGGCCCUGUGGUCACUGCUCUAAAAAAGCGUCCCCUGGAUGUCACAGACUCCGCGUGCAGCAGUGCUCCGGGCUCCGGGCCCAGCUCUCCCAACAGCAGCUCUGGGAAUGUCAGCACCGAGAAUGGCAUCGCACCCACAGUGCCCAACGUCCCAGCUGAGACCAGCUUGGCACACAGACUUGUGACUCGAGAAGGCUCAGUUGCCCCGCUUCCACUCUACACAUCGCCAUCCUUACCCAAUAUCACCUUAGGGCUUCCUGCCACUGGCCCUUCUGCUGGCACAGCAGGCCAACAGGACGCCGAGAGGCUUGCUCUCCCAGCCCUCCAACAGCGGAUCUCCCUGUUCCCUGGCACCCAUCUCACCCCAUAUCUGAGCACCUCGCCCCUGGAACGGGAUGGUGGGACAACUCACAACCCUCUUCUGCAGCACAUGGUCUUGCUGGAGCAGUCACCCACACAGGCACCCCUUGUCACAGACUGGUAUCUUUCAGGCCUGGGGGCACUGCCCCUCCACACACAGUCUUUGGUUGGUGCAGACCGGGUGUCCCCAUCCAUCCACAAGCUGCGGCAGCAUCGCCCACUGGGGCGCACACAGUCGGCGCCACUGCCGCAGAAUGCUCAGGCCCUGCAGCACCUCGUGAUCCAGCAGCAGCACCAGCAGUUCCUGGAGAAGCACAAGCAGCAGUUCCAGCAGCAGCAGCUGCACCUGAGCAAGAUGAUCCCCAAGCCCAGUGAGCCACCUCGGCAGCCAGAAAGCCAUCCUGAGGAGACGGAGGAGGAGCUCCGUGAGCAUCAGGCCCUACUGGAUGAGCCCUUCCUGGACCGGCUCCCCGGGCAGAAGGAGCCUGCAUUGGCAGGUGUGCAGGUGAAGCAAGAGCCCAUAGAGAGCGAUGAGGAGGAAGCAGAGCUCGCUCGAGAGACAGAACCCAGCCAGCGCCCACCUACCGAGCAGGAGCUGCUCUUCAGACAGCAAGCCCUUCUGCUGGAGCAGCAGCGGAUCCACCAGCUAAGGAACUACCAGGCAUCCAUGGAGGCUGCUGGCAUCCCUGUGUCAUUUGGCGGCCACAGGCCUCUGUCCCGGGCACAGUCCUCUCCAGCAUCUGCCACCUUCCCCAUGUCAGUCCAGGAACCCCCUACCAAGCCAAGGUUCACCACAGGUCUUGUGUACGACACUCUGAUGCUAAAGCACCAGUGCACCUGUGGGAACACCAAUAGCCACCCUGAGCACGCUGGGAGGAUUCAGAGCAUCUGGUCCCGCCUGCAAGAGACUGGCCUCCGUAGCAAGUGUGAGUGCAUCCGUGGACGGAAAGCCACUCUGGAGGAGCUGCAGACAGUGCACUCAGAGGCCCACACGCUCCUCUAUGGCACAAACCCCCUCAACAGGCAGAAACUGGACAGUAAGAAACUUCUAGGCUCGCUGACUUCCGUGUUUGUCAGGCUUCCUUGCGGUGGUGUUGGAGUGGACAGUGACACCAUAUGGAAUGAGGUGCACUCGGCUGGGGCCGCCCGCCUGGCUGUGGGCUGUGUGGUGGAGCUGGUCUUCAAGGUGGCCACGGGGGAACUGAAGAAUGGCUUUGCUGUGGUUCGCCCCCCAGGACACCAUGCUGAGGAGAGCACACCCAUGGGUUUCUGCUACUUCAACUCGGUGGCAGUUGCAGCCAAGCUUCUGCAGCAGAGGCUGAACGUGAGCAAGAUCCUCAUUGUGGACUGGGAUGUACACCAUGGGAAUGGGACCCAACAGGCCUUCUACAGUGACCCCAACGUCCUCUACAUGUCGCUGCACCGCUACGACGACGGGAACUUCUUCCCAGGCAGUGGGGCACCAGACGAGGUGGGCACAGGACCAGGCGUGGGCUUCAAUGUCAACAUGGCUUUUACAGGCGGUCUUGAUCCCCCCAUGGGAGACGCAGAGUACCUGGCAGCCUUCAGAACGGUGGUCAUGCCAAUCGCAAACGAGUUUGCCCCAGAUGUGGUGCUGGUAUCAUCAGGCUUCGAUGCUGUGGAGGGCCACCCCACGCCCCUUGGCGGGUACAACCUCUCUGCCAAAUGUUUUGGGUACCUGACAAAGCAGCUCAUGGGCCUGGCUGGUGGCCGGAUUGUGCUGGCCCUGGAGGGAGGCCACGACCUGACAGCCAUCUGUGAUGCCUCUGAAGCCUGUGUUUCUGCUCUGCUGGGAAAUGAGCUUGAGCCCUUGCCAGAACAAGUUUUACAGCAGAGACCCAAUGCCAACGCCAUCCGUUCCAUGGAGAAGGUGAUGGAAAUCCAUAGCAAGUACUGGCGCUGCCUGCAACGCCUAUCCUCCACCGUGGGACACUCUCUGAUCGAAGCACAGACGUGCGAGAAUGAAGAAGCUGAGACAGUCACCGCUAUGGCCUCCUUGUCCGUGGGUGUGAAGUCUGCUGAGAAGAGGCCCGAGGACGAGCCCAUGGAGGAAGAGCCGCCACUGUAGCCUCUGGGAGCUUCUUUUCUCUCCUUUGUCUGUCUGUCUUGAAGCUCCACCAAGAAACUUUCCUGUGUCACACCUGUGUUCUGCCAUGGUGCUCUGUGAGCACAAAGGAACACCGGGUGUGCAGCAGCAAUGGAAGGCCUUUCUGCCACCUCCAACCACAGGUCUGGAGACGCACAUGUACACCGGGCAUGGCAGACCACACGGAACACAGGACAGCGUGCGACACGUGGGCGCACAGACACGUGGAAAUUAAGCACACACCGGCAGUUCCCCGGGGAAGAAGCCACGAAGGGAGAAGCCUGUGGCAACUUGAGAGUUGUCAAAUUGAGUUAACCUGAGGAAAGUGAAUUCAAAGAUCUAAUAACACAGAACAAGCUCGAUUAAAACUGGUGCUUAACGUUGAUUCCUACCCACAAUUCCAGUCUCCAUGUAAACCACUCAACUCAUCUUGUAGCUUUUGUUUUUUUUAACAAAGAGUUUUCUGUGGCUCUGGCCUGCCUUGUGAAUCUUACAGGGUGCCAUGGGGGUUGCAGCCGGGUUGGGGACAGAGUUGGAAGAACCUUGAUCAAGAAAAACUGGACAAACAGAAAUGUGAGCCUAUGAGUCAGCUUGGGCUUCUCAAAGCCAUCGGAAGAUGCGAGUUUGUGCCUUUUUUUUAUUGCUCUGAUGGGUUUUCGUGGCUGGGUUUUCUGAAGUAUGAGGAACAAUGCCUUAAGUAAAAACAAACAGCAGGAAUUGAUGGGACAGUGUCCUGUGGCUGGCCGAGCCCUGUGGCACUGGCCUGGCACUCUGAGGGUAGACACCAGCCAUCGUCCCCAGAGGGCCACAGUCCAGACAUCCUUGUUUGGCUUUAUUGCUGUUUCAAGAAAAUGGAAGUGAUUCCAAAAAAGUGGCAAAUGCUGUUGGGGGUUUUGAAGUCCAACAAAUUUUCAAUGGAUCCAAAGUGUUCUUUUCUCAUAUGUCACUUAGCAAUUGACAUCUCCAUUUGGUUGUGAAGCAUGUCGUAGGCACACUACAGUGUUACGAUUGGAAUGCUUUUUAUUAAAAGCAAGUAGCAUGAAGUAUUGCUUAAAUUUUAGGUAUAAAUAAAUAUAUAUAUGUAUAAUAUAUAUUCCACUGUAUUCCAAGCUAAGAAACUUGAUUCUUAUGAGAUCUUCAUAAAAUAUUUAUAAUGCAUUUAUAGAGAAAUAUAUAUAUAUAUAUACAUAUAUAUACAUAUAUAUAUGUAUGUAAGAUAAAUGCAGACUGCAAAGGUCCUUGGCAGGUGGAGGGCUCAUGCAUUAGCUCUGAGGUGCUAAGGGGUCGGGAUCUGGUUUGAAGUCCAUGGGGUUUUGAGUUCUAGAUUGGCUAGCUUCCAGAUAGCCAAUGUAUUCACCCUGGGCAACUUGCCUACCAGUUUGUACUUUAAUUUUAAUUACUUUCUACCAGAACCCCUCCCUUUCCAAGCCAUGCACAUAUGUAUCUAAUGAGUUUUUAUAGCAAAGGAUUAAACUUGUUGAUUUUGUAUGAAUUUUUCACAACAAAGCUCCUGGCAAAAUAUCAUUUUCUGAAUUUUACAUUUUUUCCUUCAUUCAGCAGUUUUCUGAAUGAUGACAGUGUCUGAACCUUUUUCCUUUCUAAAUUCUUACUUGUACAUUUUUUUAAUUCGAGUUUUAUGAUUUGGUUUUGUUUCUUUUUGUACAGUGAGUCAUCUCAGGAUGACAGCCGUCAUGGGUGAUUUUCAGAGUGAGUCUCGUGGGCGGGGCAGUGGCAGGGUCUCAGUGGUGCCGGGUUGGGUCUGUCCAGCUCUGCCCAGAGAAGCCAAGGGCUUCUGGCCUGCAACACCAGUAGUAUUACCAGGAAUGGCAUGUUUUCUCUCUGGGACAAGGCAGGACUGAAGGGCAGUCAGCAUUAAGUGGAGACUUGCGACUUGUCAGGAAGGGCUCCAUCUCAGCUUUCCAAAGACCUCUGAAGCAUGUCAGCAGUGCACGGCCCAGGUGGGGCUCGGCUCCCAUCUGGGCUUUUAGCCGCAGCCACGCAGCCCUAGGUUUGGAGCCUGCGGCUGCAGGAUCUGAGACCCUUGCUGCCUGUGACAAGACCCCACUGAGCCUUGUGGGAGCACAAGGUCCUGGGGGACAGCAGCCUUUGUCUUUGCUUUUUCUGACAGUAACUGAUACUUUUUACUGGUGACUUAAUUUUCUAGCACUUGAAGCUACCAAUUUCAUUCCAAAGUGUGUGGAGUUCAGACUGUGGAAGUUAGAUGCUCAGGAGGGAGCCUGAGUAGGCUUCUGAGUUUGGUCAAGUUUACAGGGUAAAUGGGAACUUAGUCAACCUUUUGACGGGCUGAGCACACAUUCUUGGAUUCUUGGUUACCGGGCUGCACUGGGUCAGCACCAAGCUAAGACUGGCUAGAGAUUGGGACAGGAAGGUCUUAGGACAUGUCGAGCUGGCCUCCAGAAGCCACUCAACCUCUGUCCUGCUCGUGACACUGCACGGCCCUGAGCCUGGCCAGACACCCUGUCCUGGUCAUCUUGUCUGCUCUCCACACACCUGGGGCCCCUGCCAGCCCCAGCUCUGGGGAAGCAGUGCUUCAUCGUGCCCUCAGAUGAUGGCGGCUUAGUGGCCGGGGAGUCACAAGGAUUUGUUUUGGUCCUGUCUAGACACCCUCUGUUCAGGGGCCUGCCAGAGGGCCAGCUCACUCCAGCUUGCCAGCGUGCUGAAAGCAUGACCUACCAUGUAGCCUUUUCUUUCCUUUGAAGACACAAGUGACCCUUCUCCACAGUCAGCCCCCAGGGCAGGUGGCCCAGGACUGGCCUCAUCAGCCUCUGGGUCAGGAUCACAGCACUUCCCUGCCUGGUCCUCGCAGCAUUUCCACCUUUUCCUUCCUUUGCAAAGGCUGCGCGAGGUGCUGGCUGGGGAGUCGGGAGCGAGCACUUUACAUCCCUCUAAGGGAAGCCCUGAAGGUACCACAUCACCAGGAUAUGUGGUGUCCACCUGCUUUUAGGGCUUCCAGCUGCGCCCUGAGUGCCCAUGCCCCACCAGCAGGCGGCUGUCCCCAAGGCCAUGUCCGUUGGGACUGGCCGUCCUUCUGGGUGUCCCAGGGCUGUGGCUCCCAAGGGCCCCCUUGUUGAAGUGUUUUGAUUUUUCUUUACUUUUCAAAUCUGUCUCCAAGAGGAAGGGCCAUUUUGCAGCGGCCUGACAGGAGAGCAGGCCUGACUUUGCGGCACUAGCAGUGGAGUCGGUGGUGUCUCUUCCAUGACAUUCCUUCUUCGCUGGCCACCGCCACGUGCUCAUUCCAUUCUUCUUUUUGUAGACUUUGGGCCCACAUCUUUUAUGGGCAUUGAUACAUAUAUAAAUAUAUAGAUAUAAAUAUAUGAAUAUAUUUUUUUAAGUUUCCUACACCUGGAGGUUGCAUGGACUGUACGCCGGCAUGUCUUUAUAUCGAAUACAGAUUUUGCACGCCAAACUCGGCAGCUUUGGGACGAAGAAAAAAUGCCUUUUCCCUCUCGUGACACUUGCAGAUACAGACGAUGGAAGUUUUUCUGUAAAACAAAACCUUGAAGGAGAGAAGGGGGGGAAUUUGAGUCUUACUGAGCUUAUUCUUAAGAAAUUGUACUUUUUAUUGUAAGAAAAAGAAAAGAAAAGGACUACUUCCACAUUUGUCAUAUUAAAAGUUUACCUAGCACUUGUGACAUACCAGUAUAUAGAGUUUAUUGUAUUUAUGUGGAAACAGUGUUUUAGGGACACUCCGCAGCAUUCAGACCGUACUGCCUGUCUCUUGUUCAUUUGGAGGAGUUUUGUUUUGUUUCGUUUGUUUUCUUUCUUCGCCCUGCACAGUGCUGUCACCGGCCUUGUGACUGGCUCUUCUGAUGGAGAAGCAGGGGCACUCCAGCAAGUCCCCCCGUCCACACAGCCAUGUGACUUAACUUCCUUUUGGAUAAUGCAGGCGCAGGGCGAGGCGUCUGCUCUGGGCAACCUGAUCCUUGCAAGCUGUGGGUCUAAGCCACACUUGGCGUCAGAGGAGGCCGUUUCUCCGCUGCGAGGACCCUGCCGUGCCUGCCUCACUGGCCUCUGCCGUUGGUUAAGCCUCCCGCGGGAAGAAAGCACGAACAGGGCUUGUUUGUCUGGGGCCUGUGCUCCGUAGCGGAGGCACUAUUUCCACUUUAUGAGAAUGACAGACGUACAUGCUCUGUCGCCAUGUGCAUGCAGUGGGCUGACCUCAUUGCAGGUGUGUGCUGGAAGCCUUUGGAGCGUCGAUGCCACUUGGGCUCUGCACAGCCACAGCCACCAUUCACUUAACAACCUGUUUUCUCUUUGACUGUCCAGACCUCCCCCAUGGCGCUUUCUUUUCUCAGUGGGGUCGGAGGUCUUGUUUGGUUCUCUCAUUGUUUCAUUUCGUGUGGUGGGUUUUCACUGACCGACGGUGUCCUCUGGCGGUCACCUUCUCUUCCCACCUUCUGGGGGUCCAGUGUCUGUACCACAUCACACUCUUGUCACUCUUGUGGUGUAAAUAAAGACUGUGUUAAUUGCCCUCCCA